AUGUCCGGCGAGUCUGUUCAAUGGCCCGCUCCCCAGCCCGCUCCUGAGAUCUCCGCCAACUACUGUAAAGAGUUAUUCAAUCAUAUGCUUGGGGAGCAAGAGAAAUUCCUUGACUCGGCGGCAGCUGAAAAUCGUGCACCUCUUAGGAUGCUGGUCAUCAAAGUUGGGGAGUGCGAGUCGUUCAACUACUACUCGAAUCGUCCAAGCAAGUACAAAUACAUGUGGAUUUGUCGGAGGAUAAACGACGGCCUUCUGAGGACGUGGUUUGUGAGAGAUACGAGUUUUGGAUUCCGCGACGAGCAAUACGAAGAUGUCUUACUAUCUCAUGGCUUCGCUGUCCCUUGGGGGAUCCUUCCCGGAGUGAGUUUGAGAGCAAGCGUACGCGAAGACCUGGGUUCAAGCCUCCUACUACUGACAGCGCUAGAAAAUGUGGCACAUCCUCCGUUCAACGUGGUUCGUGCAUGCCAGUUUCUCGUCGAGGGUCUUGAUGGUUGA